AUGUCAUCCGAUCCACGUUUUGAUUUCUUCCAACAAAAGAAGCUUGGUAUUGUUCUAGCUCCAUUCUCUGGUGGUCAACCAAAAUCUGGUGUUGAAAAUGGUCCUAAAUACUUAAUGAAACAAGGUUUGAGAUCAGAUAUCGAAUCUCUAGGUUGGGAAACUACUCUUGAAGAACCUCUAAAAGGUAGAGAUUUCGAAUCUGGUAAGAAUGAUGAAACUGAUGUUUAUGGAAUCAUGAAAAGACCAAAUUUGGUUGGAGAAGCCACAAAACUAAUCUACGAAUCCGUUAAGAAGGUUUCCAACGAAGGCAGAUUGGCAGUGACCCUAGGUGGUGAUCACUCGAUCGCUAUCGGUACCGUGGCUGGCGUCUUGGACAAAUACCCAAAUGCUGGUUUGUUAUGGAUUGACGCUCAUGCUGAUAUCAACACAUGUUCUACUACUGAAUCCGGUAACAUUCACGGUUGUCCUGUCUCCUUCUUGAUGGGCCUUGAUGCUAAAAACACUCCUCCAUCCUUAAAAUGGGUUCCAAAAUGUUUGGAUCCAAAGAAGAUCGCCUACAUCGGUCUAAGAGACGUCGAUGCCGCUGAAAGAAAGAUUUUGAAGGAUAACGGUAUUGCCUCAUACUCCAUGUAUCACGUAGACAGAUAUGGUUUGAACAAAGUCAUCGAAAUGGCUUUGGAAAAAGUUGCACCAAACGGUGAUGAACCAAUCAUGGUUUCCUACGAUGUCGAUGCUAUCGAUCCAUUAUACGUACCAGCCACUGGUACUCCAGUAAGAGGUGGGUUGACUUUAAGAGAAGGGCUGUUCUUGGUAGAGAGAAUCGCUGAAACUGGUAGGCUAGUAGCCCUUGAUGUCGUAGAAUGCAACCCGGAACUGGCUUCUCACGAUGGUCACGUGGUAGAUACUAUCACAACUGGUUGUUCCAUUGCAAGAUGUGCUCUUGGUGAAACUCUACUAUAA